AUGCCGCCCGUACAUGCAAAUAAUGAGGCGGCUCUCCUAGAACUCUGGGGCGAAUACGGCUUCGGCGUCCUCAUUUUCGCGCUACGAUACUUUGUCCGCAUAAGAAUGGUCGGAUUUGGAGGCUUCCUCGGCGAUGACUACUUUGGAUUCAUCGCUGUCAUUUGCCUUACGAUUGAUGGCAUCGUCGUGGACCACGCCACUCGGCAUGGGACCGCUGUAGAGUUUACCGAAGAUCAACUCAAUGAAAUGACGAUCGCCGAGGUACGAAGCAUCGGAAUAGGCUCAAAAUUCGAAUUCAUCGGCUGGUUCUCUUACCCCGGCCUAAUUUGGAGCAUGAAGGCCAUGAUGCUGUUUUUCUAUCGGCUUACUUUCAGGCUUUGGCAGCGGAAGCUUUUGAUAAUACUCUGUCUCUUGGUCGCGGCUAGCUGGAUCGCAGUCCUUUUCACCGUGUGUUUUAGCUGUCCGAGCUUCCCGGACAACUGGAAGGUUAGACCCCGGCCGAGUCUAAACUGUACCUUCCACCCCCAGAACGUGGCCAUUGUCUCCUUCGGCAACAUUUUCACCGACUUGGCCGUCCUCUCAAUCCCAAUCCCUCUCUUCUGGACGUUGAAGCGGCCCUUAAAGCAAAAGAUAUUCAUGGGCUGCUUCCUGCUCGGUGGCAUCCUGGCCAUCACCGUCGCCGUCAUCCGCGUCGUCAUCACGCUGGGCUCUCAUCCCUCGACGCUGAACAUCAACUUAUGGGGCACCCGCGAGACGACAGUCGCCCUUCUCUGCGUUAACGCCCCGGUCCUUCGGGCCCUCUUUACGCGCUCUUUCUGGACCGCACAGCCUUUACCGACGGAGCUCAGUACCGGCGGAUCCGGCCGUUACGGUUCUACGACCGGGUCGCGUCACCAUCAUAUCACCAUCGACAGUGAGUACACGGACCCGAUCAACCGUCCGAAUCGUUUCCCGCUUCCUGCUGUCGUGGAGGGAUCCUCGAAAGAGGGGCGAAACCGUUCCGACAGCACGCAAACCAUUCCUGUCGAUAUGGACAGCGAGCACCACAUGAUGAUGAGGGAUUCACGCCAACACGUCAUUGUGGCACAAGUCGAGGUGCAGGUCGAAAGAGAAGAGAGGAGUGGACGUGAGAGCCGGAGGGGGGAUAUCGAGAUGGGAGGUGCUGAUUGGGCGAAGGGUUGGUAA